CAACGUGAUUGGUCAAUACUCCCCGGACUACAGGCGGAAACCGGAACCUUCCUCUCCUGCAGACCCUGCAUCCAUGUGCAGAUGGUAGAAAACAGACGGAGGAGAAGAAAGAAGAUGAGAUGAGUUUGAAGUGUUUGCUGGCUAACCGAGAAGCCAACAUUUUGACAAAUGGAGGAUCGUACGUGUUAUUUAGCAGAAGAAAAAGCGACGGAGCGAAAAGAGGAAGAAGUGAAACUAAAUGUGGACAGACGACGGCAGAAAACAAUGAUCAACAUCGGUGCGGCCUUCCCCAAAUGGAAAUCUCUGAUGAGGGACAAAUGUUUUCAGAGUGACGCCGAAGUUGCCUGUUUUCUGCUGCACAGCUAUGAGAGAGGUUCUGCAGCAACGACUCCCAUGAAGGAAACACCUGUUCAACUCACAGCUGCAGCAGUGUCUAGCAUCGGUGCUUCUGGAAGGAUGAACAGAAUGGGUGGAGCAUUAAAGAAAGCACCAUCGAUCGAUCGACUUCCAGUUAUUGGAACGGGCGAGGCAGCGCAUGACCAGCCUGCACGUGAAGACCCUCCUGAUGAGGCUUCUCCCUGUGAUCAGGACCCUGUUUUCCCAUCCCCACAGCAGGUCCUUUGUGAAGAUGACAUCGUUGGUGCCAGAGCUUCAAUAGUAUACGAGGACUGCUUGAGACAGCUGGCUACAUUUCUGAUCCUGCCUGUGAAAAAAUGUACAGGCCUUUUAAAGACUGGUGUGUGUGACUGUGUUGCCCCCUUUGAGAUCAACAUCACUUCCAAGGGCACAGCAACGAGUGUCGAAUGGAUCUGUCCCAAUGGACACAGCUUGUGGAGGUGGAAUUCCCAGCCUGUAAUGAAGUGUGGGACGCAAGCUGGAGAUUUACUCUUGUCCACCAACAUUUUGUUGUCUGGCAACGACUAUGCGAAGGUCGCCCUCUUGUUCAAGUUCAUGAACAUGGGGAUGGUGAAGAAGAACACCUUCGUGUCCAUUCAGGACGCUUACUGUGUGGACACAGUGAAGAGCUUCUGGGAAGAGAGGAGGACUGAGGCCCUCAGUGGCCUUCAGGGGAAAGAUGUUGUGGUCCUAGCGGACGGCAGAAAUGACUCUCCAGGCCAUCGUGCACAUUCAUGCUGCUACGCCAACAUGGAGAAUGACACUAAGGAGAUCAUUCAUGUUGCCACCAUCAACAAGCAGCAGACAUCCUGCAACUCUGUCGUCAUGGAGAAGGAGGGUUUUAUCGAGACUUUAGACAAGCUUACAUCAGAGAUAAAUCAAGAGGAGAUCUGCACAGGUGCUAAUGCCCAGAUCACAGCCCUUAUGAACCCAGAUGAAGGCAGAUACAAGGAUCUUGGAAUCCAUCACAGUCAGGACAUGUGGCAUGGUGCCAAGAACCUGGUCAAAAAAAUAGCUGCUGAACUGUGGCUUGGCAUCACUCACCAUGUCUGUGACAUUUACACCUGGACUAAUAGAAGGUGUCAACAUGGGUACCUGAAAGAAAGAAAGGCGUGGAUCCAGAGAGCCUUCAGGUGCCACAAAGCUUUAGUGGACAUUGUUCUCAAUGAGCGUUGGCUGAAGGAUGUGCAUAAAUACCUGCGCUUCAGUUUCAGAAGGCUGCACAAGAAAAACAGCAGAAGACACAGGUUAUAUGCCCUGAAAUCUGAAAAAAACAAUGCAUACAUCUCUGAACUGCAAGCAAGGAUUGUAAAGAGGAGAAUCACAAGUGGAGUGGGGAUGCCUAGAAGGCAGAAGACAGUGUUCCCUACAGAUGUCCAGCAGCUGUUGGUGAUUAAAGAAGAGGUUCCCUCUGAGUGUAGCCCCAGUCUGGACCAGGAGGACCCAGAGCUCCUACACAUAAAAGAAGAACAGGAGGAACUCUGGACCAGUCAGGAGGGAGAGCAGCUUAAUGGGCUGGAGGAGGCUGAUAUCACCAGGUUCCCAUUCACUGCUGUUACUGUGAAGAGUGAAGAUGAGGAAGAGAAACCUCAGUCUCCACAGCUUCAUCAAAGCCAAACUGAGGACAACAGAGAGGCAGAGCCUUCAGCCAGCAGCUCAGCUACGCAGAUAAAAACAGAAACUGAUGGAGGAUCAGAACCUGCUGGGAACCUUGAUCAUAGUCAUUUACAACCAGAUACUGAUGAAAAAAGCUUCAGACACUGAAGUCAGUGAAAAUGACUGGCAAGAACCUUUGUCAGAUUCUGAAGCUGAAACUGAAGACAGUGACAAUGGUUGGAAGGAGACCAGAGCACCUGAGUCAGGUGUAAAUGCUCUGAAAUAUAAGGAAGCUCCUGUAAGUGAUGCAGGAUGUAAUGCUGGGAAAGAAUCAUUUAGUUGCUUUGAAUGUGGUAAACAAUAUCAACACAAGGGGUCUCUUCAGAGACACAUGGUGUGUCAUUCAGGAAAAAGAUCCUCCAACCGUCUGGUUAAUAAAAAAUGUUUUAGAGUAAAGAAAAAUGUAGAUUCAGAGGUGAGAGUCCACACAGGAGAGAAACCAUUUGGCUGUGAUGUUUGUGGUAAGAAAUUUACACAACGGGGAAAUCUUAAGACACACAUGAGCGUGCACACAGGAGAGAAACCAUUUGGCUGUGAUGUUUGUGGUAAAAGAUUUUACCGGCAAACAAAUCUUAAAGAACACAUGAGAGUUCAUACAGGAGAGAAAUCAUUUGCCUGUGAUGUUUGUGGUAAAAGAUUUAACCAG